AUGUCAUUUACCAAUGGUGUGCCCCGCCAUCCGUCUAAUUUGGAGGGUUGUCCUCGUUCACUGACCAUCCAUUCCUUCUAUGUAGAGUCCAUCUGGGCCGCCAGCCCCUCCACCUCAAGGGGUCAGCCCACUCAGCUCUCUUCGGAUGCCAAAGGCGAACGGCUUGCUUAUGCGGCGAAUAAAUCCAUCUUCCUACGAUCUAUCGACGACCCCGCCGUCGCUAAGCAGUACACCGAACAUAAAGCGCAGACAACCGUGGCUCGCUUCUCGCCGUCGGGGUUCUACGUUGCUAGCGGCGAUGCCACGGGGUUGGUCCGGGUUUGGGACUGCGUGGGGGAUGGCAUCACCAAGGGCGAAUACAGCAUCAUCAAUGGCCGCAUAAACGAUCUCGCGUGGGAUGGAGAUUCUCAGCGUAUCAUCGCCGUGGGCGAUGGAAAGCAGCGGUACGGCCACUGCAUUACGUGGGACAGUGGGAACACGGUCGGCGAGAUCUACGGCCACACGCAACAGAUCAACUCCGUCUCGAUCCGACAGCAACGACCUCUGCGAGCCGCCGCUGCCGGCGAUGACAAGAACCUCGUCUUCUACCACGGCGCUCCGUUCAAGUUCAACACGGGGAUCCGAGACAAGCACACCAACUACAUUUACGGCGUGGGCUUCAGCCCCGACGGCUCGACCCUGGUCAGCGUUGGCGCCGACCGGAAGAUCUGGCUCUACGAUGGCAAGACGGGGGAACCCCAACGGCAGGUCGGGGACGGUGAACACAAGGGCAGCAUCCUGGGAGUCUCAUGGUCUAAGGAUUCGCGGAAGUUCGUGACGGCGAGUGCCGACAAGACCGUCAAGAUCUGGGACGCCGAAGCGGGCAAGGUUUCUCAAACAUGGAAUAUUGGUGGCGAAGGAAGCACGAAUGUCAACGAUCAGCAGGUCGGCGUGGUCUGGCCCCCGAACAGGAGCGACAACCUCCUGAUCAGUUUGUCCCUGAGCGGUGACUUGAACUAUCUUGUGGAGGGCACUCCGGAGCCCCGACAGGUGGUUCAGGGCCACCAGAAAAACAUCACGUCUUUGACGUCUUUCACCUCCAGCAGCGACAGCAACGAAACUCUGUGGACCGGCAGCUUUGACGGUAGGGUGUGCAGCUGGGAUGUCCCCACGGGGGCUGCGGAAGAGGUGGACGGCGACAGUCACUCGACGUACAUUGCCGGUCUGGCGCCCACCGGGGAGGGGACCGGGAGAAUCUACAGCGUCGCCUGGGAUGACACGAUCCGAUCCGUCGACGUCGGCGCCAAAACCUACGCCGGAAGCUCCUCCAAGCUGGCCGGACAGCCCAAGGGUAUCGCGGCCGGAGAUGGCACGGUGUUGGUGGGGACGCCCGAGAGCGUGGAGAUUUAUAAGGAUGGGCAGAAAGCCGGGGAUUUCCAGCCCAAGUUCCCGGUCACGACGGUGGCUGCUCACGGUAGCACGGCGGCGGUUGGCGGGGAGGACUCGUCCGUUCAGAUCUGUGCCCUUUCCGGGUCGAGUCUCGCCCCCAAGGCGGACAUCAAGGCCUCCCGAAACCCGGUUUCUGCCCUGGCCUUCUCUCCGGACGGCUCGUUGCUGGCUGUUGGCGAUUCUCGGGGGCGCGUGCUUGUGUACAAGGUUGCCGAUGGCAGCCUGGUCACCGAUCGCUGGACCGCCCACACAGCCCGGAUCACGUCGGUCGCCUGGAAGGCCGACGGCACCCACGUCGUGAGCGGAUCGCUGGACACCAACAUCUUCGUGUGGAGUCUGGCCAACCCGGGCGACUGGCUGCAGGUGUCUAACGCACACAAGGAAGGGGUCAACGGGGUAGCGUGGAUUGCAGGAGGAUCCAAGAUUGCCUCGGCCGGAGCCGACGCGUCAGUCAAGCUCCGGCAGGCGACGUUCGUCUUACCGCGAACAGGCCAACGCCUAAAAGGCCUGGUCAACCUACGAAAUCCUUACUCGGGCUCAAAUGGUAGCCACAACGACGACGACGAACGGCGCGGGCUUCUGUCGGGCGAGCUCUUGGUGGAUCAAUCCAGCAUCCGCGCCCGUUUGCGCAGCAGAGUGUCGCAUGUAGGGCGCUGGGUAAAACAGUCGAUCUCGUCGGAGCUUGGCAUAGGAGUCUUGAAGUGCAGUCUGGCCUACCUCCUGGGGUCUCUGGCGACGUUCGUGCCGGCCAUUGCUUCAUUCCUUGGUCACCAAGAUGGCAAGCAUGUCGUGGCUACCGUCACCGUCUACUUUCACCCGGCUCGCUCGCAGGGUAGUAUGUACAAGGCCCUGAUAUGUGCUCUCCUGGCUUUCCUCUACGCCGCCUUCAUCUCCGUCACCAGCAUGUGCGUGUCCAUGUUUUUCCAGGAUACGCUGAACCUUCUCCCCGUGGGUCACGCCAUAGUCCUGAUCGUGUUCUGCGGGGGUGGCCUAGGAUUUGUGGGAUGGACCAAGCAGCGGUUGGGUGACCCUCUCGUGAACGUUGCUUGCUCUUUGGCGUCACUCUCCACGAUUACAGUCCUGACCAAGGAGGGUGCGGUGCAGAGCGGGGAUCUGUCCUUCGCCAAAAUCUCCCAGGUGCUGAAAAUGGUCGUGAUGGGGGUCAUCGCCACCAUGGCGGUGUCGUUUGCUAUAUUUCCCAUCUCUGCCCGCAAGAAACUUCGCUCCAAUCUCACCAUCGUCACCGACACGCUGGCAACCAUGCUGGCUCUGAUCACGGAGAGCUUUUUGAGUGGCUCGGAGGAGGAGCUUCAGACAGCGGAAUACAUCAGCACUGCUGCCCGACACAAGAAAGCAUACGGCCAGCUUGAUAAGCUCGUGAGAGAGGCCAAGCUGGAGCAUUUCGUAGCCGGUACAGAAAAGGAAUACCGACUGGAAAAAAAGCUCGUCCGCUGGGUGCAAGACAUAACACACAACAUGGGUGGUCUCCGAAGUGCUGCUUUGCUGCAGUUCCAGCUCCUGAGGCAGACCAAACUUGCCGAAUCCGUGCAUUUGCAUGGGCACAUCCCGGGCAUAAACGGUGUUGGCGCGACUCCCCUUCUGAGUCCGUGGUCCCUCCAUGAAGACCGCCCCGUGUUGGAACGAAUCGACGAAAGACCCGAGGAGGAGGGCUCGGUGCUCGAGAGAGACCAAGUCUCGCUCACCGCAGACUCGGAAACUGAUCAUACUCUUCUUCCCGCGGACAUAUUCGCGCUUUUCAUCGAUCAUCUAGGCCCCUCCAUGCGAUCACUUGCUUUCACUCUGAAAGAGAUCUUCCGAGAAAUCCCAUUCAAACCAGGCCCGGAUUAUAAGGUCUCGAUCAACAGCAAAUUCCGCACGAGUUUGGAUCGUGCCCUUGAACUGUACCGAGACUCUCGAGUGGAGGCAUUGAAUACCAUCUACCGACAGAAGGAAGUUCUGAAAACUCAACCUUUGGAGGUCGAGGCCGAUCUCGAAGAGGUCUCCGCUAGCUGCGGCCAUUUCAGUUUUUCCCUUUUGGAGUUCGGCGAGCAGCUGAAGGACUUGCUCACCAUCUUAGACGAGCUACAGCUUGAGGCCGAAGAGAGGCCGCACGGGAGGUCUUGGAGAUGGCUUAAGUUUUGGCGUCGAGACGGGGAUGGGCCGGCACGUUCGGAUACGGAGCAGCCAUCAAUGGAGUCGCAUCCCGUCCGUGACGACAACCAUCAGCAUUUGGAUGUAAAUCCCUCACCGCACUCGCAAAAUCGGCCAGCAUCGAAACUCCAAACCCCGGGGGACCGACCUGCGCAAACAGGGCUUGCCUAUCGCAUCUGGAAAUCACUCGGGGUGUUUCGACGGGAUGAGGUUAAGUUUGCCAUCAAGGUUGGAACGGGGGCUGCGCUCUAUGCUUUACCCUCUUUUCUCUCGUCAACCAGGCCGGUGUACUCCCACUGGAGGGGAGAAUGGGGUCUCUUGUCCUACAUGCUUGUUUGUUCGAUGACCAUUGGGGCUUCCAACACUACCGGAUACGCGCGGUUUCUCGGGACCUGCUUGGGAGCCGUUUGCGCCAUCCUAUCGUGGUAUGUUUCGGCCGGCAAUGUCUUCACACUUGCCUUCCUUGGGCUUCUUAUGGCUACCUGGACUUCGUAUAUCAUCCUGGUUAAGGGACAGGGUCCCAUGGGUCGAUUUAUCAUGCUCACGUACAAUCUCUCUGUGUUGUACGCAUACUCGCUCACGCAAAAGGAGGGCCAGGACGACCAAGACGAGGGUGGAGACAGCCCGGUCAUGACCGAGAUUGCCCUUCAUCGAGUCGUGGCGGUGCUAUCGGGCUGCAUUUGGGGCAUCAUCAUCACGCGAAUGAUCUGGCCCAUCAGCGCGCGGGACCGACUGAAGGACGGCCUCAGCCUACUCUGGCUACGCAUGAGUUUGAUAUGGAAACGCGGUCCCUUGUCCACGAUGGUCAAUACCUUUGACUCGGCAGGCUUCGUGAGUCCGCGGGAGAAGUUGGAGAUCGAACGGUUCCUGUCGCAUCUGGAAUCGCUCCAAGCGUCCGCCCGCUCGGAGCUCGAGCUGAGGAGCGCUUUUCCCGAUGCUGCAUACAGCAACAUCCUCCGGCGGACGCGCAGCAUGGUGGAUGCGUUCUUCGCCAUCAACCUUGAAUUGGUCAAGAACAUGACCGCUUCGGAGGGUGAACUGGCCAUUCUGGAGUAUACCGUGCAGGAGAGACUGCAGCUUUCGUCACGGAUUAGCCAUCUCCUAUCCGUGAUGGCUUCCUCCAUGAAGUUGGAAUAUCCCCUGAGCGACGUCCUUCCAAGCAUUGAACACGCCCGCGAUCGGCUUUUGGCUCGUCUGUUUCAUUAUCGCAAAGACCCCGAGGCAUCCCGGCUGUCCACCGACGAAGAUUAUGCCUUGCUCUAUGCGUAUAAUAAAAUCGACCCGGCUGCCCUGAGUCGAACGGACUCGGCCUCAGCCGCAGCUCCGUCGUCCAAGAAUACCGCCCCCGGCGCUUCGGCGACGCAGAAGUCGACCAAGGCGCUGAUUUCCGUUCCGCGCUUGGACCUCGAACCCAUCUACACGGAGCUGAAGGCUGCCAUCGGGGACAAUUGGGCCGAGUACAAGGAGGCCACCACCCUCUUCCUGCUAGGGCAGCUGAACCAGAGCGAAGUCUCGGCGCGCGUCGACCAUAUCAUUGGCGCCGACCAGAAGACCGAGCAUCUCCACAACAAUUUCAUUUGCGCCGUCAUCGGCAACCUAACCAGGGAUCUUCCUGAUCAUGGCGUUGCAAGUUGGGUGUCGGCCAACGAUAAACCGUCGGUGGUUUCGAAGCCGACCUCGGGAGAUGCGGCGGAACAAAGACUCAAGACCGAGGUCAUGCAAUUGCCGCCCCGAGAUCGUCGAAGGCUGAAAGCGAUCCCAGAGCGCGACCCCAGUGAAACCGGACCCAACGAACUGGAGGAAUACCAUUUGGCGAAACAGAUCAAAUUGCCCAGCCAGGUACCGGCAAGUGCUGGUGGCUUGAAUAAAACGAAUUGGGAACUGGAAAUCCGAAAGCGUUAUGCGCAACCCCUAGCAUCAGAAACCGGAGAGUUUCCAGAUGCCGAGUCUAUACAUGCUCGUAUGAUCCCGAUUUGUUACGAGGAGUCGAUCGUCAGUGGUGCAGGGUUCCCCUGCGCCGAGUUCAUGGCAAUCGCUACCGAAACCUUCGUGAAAGAAGUCCUUUCAGUGGUCUUCUCACGCACUCGAUCCAAUGGUCCCUCCGGCACCAUCAACGGUAUGAUGAUGCGGAAGUACCGGCAACAACUCGAGCGUGAAGAACUGGCAUUUACGCGAGGCGAGAUCGUCAAAGACGCCACUACUGGGUUGCUCCCCGUCGAGGCCAAGGAGGCGAGCACUAGAAAGCCCCUGGGGGUUAGGGAUCUCCGACUGGCUUUAGAACUUGGGGGCGGGGUUCUCAGCCACAUGCCCCUACUUGUUGAUCAAAUCAUGGGCGGCUAUCUCGAGGAUGAGCUCGAAACCGACAAGCAAGACCGAGGCGGUGAAGCGGCUGACACAACUUAUAACGACUCGAGACCGAAUAACUUCACCGAUGACAUGGACCUGGAUGACGCAGAUUCUGACUGGGAAGGGGGAACCGUGUCAGAUCACCAUCAAUUAGGCGCGUUGCUCGACGAUUGCCUCUCUAUUGCCGCGUGA